AAAGAAGAAGAAGGAAAGAAGGAAACUAAAUGCUAAAAACACAAAGCGGGGUCAUCAUCCUUUCAUGGUUGCCUCCUCUUCUUCUUCCCACUCCCACCACAUCUGCUCUCUCAGUUUCAAUCCAUUAAAAAAGCUUAGCUCUCGUUUUUCUCCUUUUCGUUUCUUCUGAUUCUCUCUCUCUCUCUCUCUCUCUCUCUCUCUCUCUCUCUCUCUCUCUCUCUCUCUCUCUCUCUCUCUCUCUCUCUCAGCUCUCGCUUAAUGGCCAGAUUGAUAUUCGAAUCGCCUUUGCCACCAUUUCUUUCCUUCUGAUUUCAUCUCGAUUCCAUUUCGGAGAAUCCAUCGCUCGAUAUCCCUCUCUAGCACUUUCUCAGGGUUUAUUUUCGUGGGACUUUGGGUUUCUUUUUUAAAAGUUCGAUUCGUCCGUUUUUACUUUUAGGGUUAACAAGUUCGUCUUCUGGAUUCGAUCUUGUGCUGCGUUUGGUAUACAUUGAAUGGUUUAGUGAACGAGUGACGCAAUGGUGUCAUCGAAUGAUCCUAUCGAGACUAUAUUCAAUUCAAUCCAAGUAGUGAAAGAUGCAUUUCUCCCGAUCGAGCUAGGGGUGAAAAAGGCGGCGAGGGACAUCGAGAGUUGCUGGAUAAGCAAAGAGAAGGAUCUGGGUUUGAUUUUGAGAUCAUCUGGAAGAAACAGGAAGAAGCGGAUUUGUGCUAGUCCCGACUCGGAGGAAAAUGUUAAUGUUCAGUGUGUGGUGAGUGAAGAGAGGAAGAAAGGUUUGUCUAUCAAGAUCCCUGUGAAGUCACUCUUUGGCAUGUUCUCCCCGAAUUUAGCGAGCGAGAAGUUGAGUCGUAGAAACGAGGCGGUGAAGAAAGAUAAGUGCUUGGAGAAAGAGGAUGAUUCUUGUACGAAUUGCUUCAAGUUUGCCAUGACUUGGUCGUUGUUGGUCAGUGGCUUUGUCCAUGCUUUUCCCGUUCCCUUUAAGAUAGGCAAGAAGAGGAUUCACAGAGCCGGUGAUGAUGAGAACAGUCUUUCUCAUUCACGUAAACAGAGCCUUAAAUCAAAGGUUUCUUCAUUUGGGAGAGAAACGAGGAACCAGCCAGCUAAAUCUGCAGGAAAGGAAGAGAACCCGUUUUCGAUUGAAUGCGCCAUGGGUUUUGUGGUCGAAAUGUUGACUCAGAAUCUCCAGAAGCUGGACCAGUUCAUGCAGGACAGUUCAAAGACUGAGUCUUGUUGUUCCAAGGAAGCUAGUUCAAAUGAUAGUCCACUUAUCUUUAACAUAUGGGAGGCUAGAAAACUCGACGUUAAUGGAUUCCUCGGGAACCUGAUGUUUGCCAGAGUUGGAGACGUAGCGUCAGGAAUAGUUGGCCUGACAUCUCCGGUGAGUGAAGAUGGUGAUGAAAGUAAUGUUAGUACUGCUAAUGGUAAGGAGGAAAGUGCAGUUGAUCAUCCACAGAACCUGGCAAGUGGUCUACUGAGUAUACCUUUGUCAAAUGUGGAGCGCUUGAAAUCGACACUGUCCACGAUUUCAUUGACUGAACUUAUUGAGCUUUUACCGCAAUUAGGACGACCUUCAGCAGACCAUCCAGACAAGAAAAAACUUAUUUCUGUUCAGGACUUUUUCAGAUACACCGAGUCUGAAGUUGACUGUUGGGGAAAUCUUGUGUUGGUUGAAACCAUUGAAAGGAAAUACAUGUUGUUGCUAUCAUAUCUUCAUCAUGAACUAAGCAGGAGAUUCUUCGAAGAAUUAGAUAGAGAUGGUGAUGGGAAGGUAACUUUGGAAGAUCUGGAAAUUGCAAUGAGGAGAAGAAAACUGCCCAGAAGAUACGCCAAGGAAUUUAUGCGACGAGCUAGGAGUCACCUUUUCUCGAAAUCGUUUGGUUGGAAGCAAUUUUUGUCCUUGAUGGAACAGAAGGAGCCAACCAUCCUCCGUGCCUAUACCUCUCUAUGUUUGACCAAGUCUGGCACUCUUCAGAAGAGUGAGAUAUUGGCAUCACUCAAUAACGCAGGACUUCCUGCUAAUGAAGAAAAUGCUAUAGCGAUGAUGAAAUUUUUGAAGGUUGAUACGGAGGAGUCUAUCUCAUAUGGACAUUUUCGUAACUUCAUGGUUUUGCUGCCAUAUGAGCGGUUACAAGAUGAUCCUCGUAACAUCUGGUUUGAAGCUGCGACUGUUGUUGCUGUUGCACCCCCUGUUGCCUUACCUGCUGGAGAUGUUCUGAAGUCUGCAUUAGCGGGAGGGCUUGCCUCUGCUCUCUCCACUUCUUUAAUGCAUCCGAUUGACACAGUCAAGACACGUGUGCAAGCAUCAACCUUAUCAUUUCCUGAAGUAAUAGCGAAGCUUCCAGAGAUUGGUGUCCGAGGAGUAUAUAGGGGUUCUAUUCCAGCAAUUCUUGGACAGUUUUCAAGCCAUGGCCUGCGGACAGGAAUAUUCGAAGCAAGCAAACUAGUGUUGAUCAAUUUUGCUCCCAAUCUCCCAGAAAUUCAGGUUCAAUCGAUUGCGUCAUUCUGCAGCACGCUAUUAGGCACAGCUGUGCGGAUCCCAUGUGAGGUGCUGAAGCAACGGUUGCAGGCUGGCAUGUUUAACAAUGUAGGGGAAGCCAUUGUAGGGACGUGGAAGCAAGAUGGUCCAAGUGGGUUUUUCCGUGGGACAGGCGCAACUCUUUGCCGGGAAGUUCCACUGUACGUUGUUGGCAUGGGACUGUAUGCAGAGUCCAAAAAGAUGGUGGCGCAAGCGCUGGGAAGAGAGCUUGAAGCAUGGGAGACAAUAGCGGUAGGGGCUGUGUCAGGGGGUAUAGCAGCAGUCGUAACAACGCCAUUUGAUGUGAUGAAGACGAGGAUGAUGACUGCAACACCAGGGAGACCGGUCUCAAUGUCAAUGGUGGCCUUCUCGAUUUUGCGUCACGAGGGACCGCUUGGUUUGUUCAAAGGAGCAGUCCCGAGAUUCUUUUGGGUGGCUCCUCUUGGUGCCAUGAACUUUGCUGGCUAUGAACUAGCCAAGAAAGCUAUGCAGAAGAACGAGGAAGCUGUGAUGGCUGAUGAGCUUGGUCAGAAGAAGCUUUGCUAAAAUGGGCUCUUUGUUUUGCUUUGCUGCUACGAAGUUUUUGGGGGCAGCUUAAGCCAGAGAUUCUCUUCUCUUUUUGUUAAAUGAAUACUUUUGCAAAUUUUGACAAAAAACAAAAAAAAGAAAAGGUUGAUUGUUUUGUUGAGUAUCGAAGACAGUUUCAUCAUCCUACUCAUUAGAAAACUCUGGUUUUUUAAAAAAGUUGAUUUUUUUGCCCUUCUCUAAUAUCGAUUCGUGUUUCGACUGUUACGACGAACUUCAUAAUAGACCGUCUAGUCACGUGAUCCAGAUA